AUGGCGGCGGAUGUGAGCCACUGCCACAGGGUGGUGGCCACGUUCGCAUUCGACAUGCCGCCCAGCGAUGCCGACAGCGCGCUGGGGUUUGUGCGGGCGCGACUCAACGACACGCUGCUGAGGCACUCGCUGCACAUGGGCGGGGUGAUGCUCUCAUACUCCAAUGAGAAGUUGCUGUCGCAGCUGGCGUUGGUCCAUGACUACUUUCCCCUUCUUCGGGUGCAUGCCGAAGCUGAGUGCCUUGUGUUCAGACCAGAGCCUGGCACCAAGAUAGUUGGGAGCGUCAUGAGUGUUGGGCGAGACCACAUUGCACUGCUGGUGCUUGGCGCCUUCAAUGCUGUCAUCCCUAUUUCUGCAGUGCCCGAGAAGCUGAGGCCCAGCCCCCAGAAGUCGGGCCUAUGGGUGCACAAGGAACAUGAUGACUACCAAAUCCAGCACGGGACACCAUUGGUUUUCACUGUUCUUAGGUGCGAGGACCACUUUGGCUUCUUUGGCAUCACUGGGUCCCUCCAGGAUGCUGACACGGGACCAUACUGGAGACUGGUCAGAAACGUCAGAAACAGCAUCGGUGAGGAAGCAAAAACAUUUGCAGACAAGGAAAAAGCCUCGAAGGAUAAGGAGAAAGAUGCCAGUCCAAGCAAGGACAAAGGUGCCCAAAAUUCCAAGGAGGAAAAGGGACAACUACACCGCAAGCGAAAAAAGAGGGAGGGGGAUUCUGACGAGCUGAGAGACGCCAAGAUGUCUUUGCAGUCAUCCGUUGGCAGCAUGUCCAAGGGAACCACUCCAAUCGUUGUGAGGGGAACACCCUGCCCUUGGGGCCCGAGAGGGCCAGGGGAGCAGAAUGGCUGGAGUGCAAUUCAAGUAAAGGUUAAAGUCGAGAAAGAAGAUCUGCCAACUGGCUUAGCCGCCCAAACGCUGGUGUUAUCAGAUGGCCCCACAAGCCAACCACUUCAUACAUCUGUGGAGGUGAAGAAAGAGGCACCGGAGUUUGCCAAUGGGGCUUUCUCACAAGCCACAGAGACACCACCAGGAAAGCGACACAAGAAGCAGCACAAUGAGGUGGACUCGCGAGAGGAAUCAGGCAGCCAAGCGCCGCAGCUGGCAGGCCUUGACUUGAAGCUCAACGACCUGCUGGAUAGAGGGGGCAGACAGCCAGAGGAAGGGGUUGACGGCUCAAAGAAAAAGAAGAAGAAAAAGAAAAAGAAAGGAAGGGAAGAUGGUGCGCCGAAUGACGGCGGCAGCAGUAACAAGGCGUCGUUGAACGGGACGUCAAAUUUGUCGACGAUCAAAGCGGACACCAGUAAUAGUGUGGGGGUCGAUGUGAAGCUGAAGCAAAAGCAGAAGAAAAAACAAGAGAAGACAGAGGAGCACAAGGUAAAGGAGAAAAAGAUAAAGAAGAAGAAGAAGAAGAAGAAGACGAUGAUGAUGAUGAAGGAGAUGAAGGUACAGGAGAAGACAAAGGAGGCGGAGGCGGAGGAGAAGAAGACAAAAGUGAAGAAGAGAAAGAAACGGGACAAGGAGGAAGUGGCCGGCACGUAG